AUGGGCGCAGCAGGUGUGCAGACCUGGGACCUCAGCACAGGGAUGGUAGAAACCCCUCAUAAUGGGAACAGCAGGUGUACAGACCCAGGAAUUUAGCACAGGGAUGGUGGGAACUCCUCCUAAUGGGCAGAGCAGGUGUACAGACCCAGGAACUCAGCACAGGGAUGGUGGGAACUUCUCAUAAUGGGCACAGCAGGUGUACAGACCCAGGAACUCAGCACAGGGAUGGUGGGAACUUCUCAUAAUGGGCGCAGCAGGUGUGCAGACCUGGAACCUCAGCACAGGGAUGGUGGGAACCCCUCAUAA